UUCUCCAGAACUCCAUCGAUAAAAGUAACACAGCAACUUGGUGCAAGGCAAAAGACAGACCUCGUUGUAGAGUUUAGUUGUAGACGAAGUGUAGUGUAGUGUUGUUGUCACCAUGGCGGCACAAAAGAAGAAACGAGCGGCGUCCAAGGGCGAUGACGACGAUGCUGCUGCUGCUGAUUCUCCCAGUGGCAACAACAACAAGAAGCGCGCCAAGAAAACGAAUGACGAUGAAGUACCAGCAGCACCACCCGCGUUUGCGGCUCCUCCGUUUGCAGCGGGUGGUGCCAUGAUGGUCCCCCCACGACUUCCCAAUGGCGCUCCCAAUCCAGCGUGGAUGGCCCAACAAGCUGCUGCAGCGGCGGCCGUGGCACAACAGAGCACUGCCGCACAACAAACCGCUGCGGUGCAAGCCCAAGUGGUCGCUGGACAAAUGCAGUUGCAACAAGCAGCCAUUGCCAUGGCACAAUCGACUACCGACGAGGCGUCAAAAAAGAAAAAAGCCACCAAACAGCGAAAAGGGGCUCCGGCACCACCGACUGGAUUUAUUGCUUUGGAAUGUCACCAGCGCAUUGUUGCUGAAGAACGACAACGAGCGUCUCAUGGAAUGGACAUGGGAAACACCACGAUGCACCAGAUGCAGACCACACUCGAAGCGCAGCAGGCCGAAAUUGACAAACUCACUUUGCUAAAUACCAAGCUCCAAGAAGAAUUGGCCACUGCCAAGAGUCAACUCGAAGAAGCCGAAAAGGGAAAAUCCAAAAUCGAAAAGGAAGUGGCCAAAACGGCCAAACGCGCCACUACUUUGGAACAACGUCUUCAAAAACAAAAAGAGAAAUGGACAGAAGAACGCAAAAAACAAAAAGAAACCAAGAAAGAACUCGUCGAAUUGAAAAAAAGCAAUGGAUUCAAUCAAUGCACCAAAAUUGUACUCCCGGGAGAUGCCGAACGCGAAGAUAUUGAACACAACAAGCACGAUCGCAAAUGGCAACAAAAGUUUGACAUGCUGGUGCAAUUCAAAGAAGAACAUGGGCAUACCAAUGUCAGCAAGUACACGGACAAUGUCGAAGCCAAAUAUCCCGGAUUGGCCACGUGGGUGUCGACCCAGCGAACCUGCUUUACGUGGCUCAAAUCCGGCAAAAAGAAUACUCUGACCCCGUUUCGAUUGCAAAAACUCAAAUCGAUUGGAUUCGAAUGGCAACCCCGGGGCGUCGAUCCCGUGCCCUUUGACGAACGCGUCGAACAACUCAAAGUGUACAAGCAAGAACACGGCGAUUGCAACGUUCAGCAGCACUACAAGGGUGUCGCCGGACUCGGGAAUUGGGUCUUGGGCAUGCGACGGUAUUAUCGUGAAAAUCGAUUGCCGGCAGAUCGGAUUGCAUUGUUGGAGACCAUGGGAUUUGUCUGGCGGCUGCGAGCCGUCAAGGUACCCGGUGGGCGGCACAAGAAGAAAAACAAUGAGGACGAGGAUGACGACGACGAGCCGUCCGAACUGCAUCGUCGUCAUCCACAGCAACAACAGCCACCUCCACAACAGCAGCACCACCACCACCAUCAUCAUCAUGCAAACGGUGGUGCCAUGGAUCCUCCGGCGGUUCCUCUCGGUCCUCCACAGCCGUUUUCGCCAUUGCCGUUCCGAUACAAUGAGUAUGUGUAAACAACGAGGUGCAACCAACCAUUGACAUGCGUUUUCACAUCAACAAACAGAGAUAUUUGCUGGAGGGUCCUUCUUCCGCUGGCUUUUCCCCCUUUCCGAUCGUUUCGCCCCCGUGCAUUCGACUUUUUCUCGGUCGAUGUUUGGCCGACCCCGUAGACACUCUUUCAUCGCAGGCUUUCCCCGAGCGGAUCCUCGAAUCCGCUGUUGACGAAUCUUUUUCUAUAUUCUCGGUCCUACUUUAGCUUAGCUUAGCUUAGCUUGUAGCAAAUACAAUCAACUAGGAUACAACGCUGUAGUCUUC